AUGUCCAGUGAUCAAAUAUUAGUGAAUAAGCGGGGAAGAGAUGCAGGGAAAGGAAAAAGAGAAGACGACUCAGUGAAAGGAAGCCAGUCUAGUGUAAAAUGUAGUGGUGAAAAAGAUACCAAGAAUGGGAAAAACCAGGAGGAUUGUGUUAAAAAGUCCCAGUCUAGUGUGAUGGUUGUCGGAGACAAAAUUUGUGGAAGUGAUGUCACAGGGAAAGGAAGCAAACAAGUUGAUAAUACGAAAAAAUGUGAGUUGCUAUUGGGCCAAAAAGUGAACACUGAAGAUUUUAUUUGUGCUGUUGAAGGCCAUCCCUCGAUUUGGGAUAUGGAUCGGCCAAGAAGACUUGUGCGGAAUGCACCAGGAAGAUUGAAGGAAGCCUUCCUUAUUCCAGAAGACAGCGAUGAGAGUGCCAUGGAUGACAGCGACGCUGAUCCCGAUUAUGAGCCCAUUGAACAUGCAAAUACAGAUCGUCUACAGCGAAUAGUUGAUGGUCUAAGUAGUAGGCGUUUCAUAGAUGAUGAUGAUGGCGACAAUCCGGACGAUCCAGCCGAAUUUGAUCCAGACAUGCCCACGACAUCUGGCGCUACAUGUAAUACUACUGGACUCCGGCGUAUCACCAGUAUGCCUGGAGCUACUGAGCAUGACUAUUGCCAGAGAAAAACUUCAGGUGCUGGUGUGAAUCUAAAUCGGGAUAAUGGAUCAAAUACAAAUGAAGAUCUAAUACAUCAAAUACAAACAAGCAAAGGAGGUGCAAGAGGUUCGAAAGGAAAAACGAAAAAAAAGGAUCUUCCAAAAUGGAUUGAAGUUGACGCAGACUCAAGUGAAAAACCACCGGUAAUAUGGGAUGACGUCGAACCUGAACUAGGGGAAAUUCAAACCCCAAUAGAUUAUUUUAGAUAUUUUUUUGACACAGACAUUUUGGACAGUAUGGUAAAUCAGUCCAACCUUUACAGUGUCCAGAAAGACCCAAACAAGCCACUAAACAUGUCAAAGAAUGAACUAGAGCAGUUUUUGGGGAUUUGCGUUGGAAUGUCUAUUUACCGCUUACCACGAUCAAGAAUGUUUUGGGCUAAAAAUACGAAUGUGGAAAAAGUCAGCUCAGUAAUGUCACGAAACAGAUGGGAAGAAAUAAAAAGAAACAUUCAUUGUAACGACAACGCCAACAUUCUACCAGUUGGACAUCCAGACAGAGACAAAUUAUUCAAAGUAAGACCACUUAUCGAUCAUUUUCAAGCAAAGUUUCAAGCCUUACCAAAGCCACAGAUGCUAUGUGUGGAUGAACAGAUUGUGCCAUUCAAAGGAAAAUCGGGACUGAAACAAUACAACCCUAAGAAGCCUUAUAAGUGGGGUUAUAAACUGUUUAUACUUUGUGAUACCACAGGUUUGGUUCACAAUUUCGAAGUAUACACUGGACACAUUGAACCUGUGACAGGAGCUCCUGAUCUGGGUGCGAGUUCGAAUGUUGUUUUGAGAAUGACACAAGUUGUCCCAAAGCAUAAAGGAUAUUUAGUAUAUUUCGACAACUGGUUUGCCUCACUUCGGUUAUUUACUACUUUGGCACAAGAUGGAAUCGGAGCUUUAGGAACAAUCCAGAAGGAAAGGUUUCCUGGGCUAACUUUUCCCUCAGACAGUGAAAUGAAACAGAAUGGAAGAGGUUCUCUGGUGGAAGUUGAAGUAAAUUUCGAAGGUGUGGAUGUGCGAGCUUUGAAGUGGUUGGACAACCGAGGUGUAACAAUCGCCAGUACUUUUGAGAGUGCAAUGCCUGUCUCUCAAAUUACAAGAUUUGACAGAUCAUCAAAAAGAAAUGUAGACGUGCCUUGUCCUAGAAUGAUAAAGACAUACAACAAAUUCAUGGGAGGAGUGGAUCUUCUAAAUGGGCUGAUAGCGUACUACAGGAUAAAAAUAAGAUCAAAAAAGUACUACCUGAGACUUAUUUUUCAUUUUGUUGACAUGGCUAUUGUGAAUGGGUGGUUGAGGUACAGAAAUGAUUGUCACAGGAGAAACCUUCCAAAGAAGUAUAUUGUGGACCUGCUUGAGUUCAAAAGUGAAAUCUUCAGUGCUUUAUGCAGGGAAGGAAAGGAUAGUGAGAGAAAAAGAGGACGCCCUUCGUAUGACAGAGUGGAUGCUGAUUAUGAACAAAAGAAGCAUCGAGGCCCAGCAAAACCUAUUCCAUGCUUCAACGAGAGAAGAGAUGGCAUUGGUCACUGGCCAAUCGCCACUGGAGAUAGGCAGAGGUGCAAGAAACCUGGAUGUAAAGGACAGAGUACAAUUAAGUGUGGAAAAUGUCAAGUACAUCUUUGCCUAACUAAGGAAAGAAACUGCUUCACUUCAACUUUUCAUAUAUAAUAGAGUUUGUGGUCUUUGGUACAUGAAGGAAGCUGUUUUUACAAGUUAUCUUUAUAGUCAUAAGCUUUCUUGCAUUGUAUUUUUACAAAUAGUCACAAGUAAAACACA